AUGCGUUUUCUUCUCUUUACCGCAUCGGUAGCAUGCCUGCUACCGUUUGCUACAGCAUUCUAUCCUUACCACUCCGACGACGCGGCAUCGAAGCCUCCUUCGAGCGGCAAGCGUUCCCUGCGCUUCCCCAAAGCCGUCCAGCAUGAUGGGUUUACCAUCCCUCUUCGACGCACACCUAUCCGACGGGACAACCAGUACAACAUAGUCCGCGCCCUCCCGCCGACGCAGUCAAACAGUGUUGGCGUGGACCAAGAUGGCGACGACUACUCCUACAUGGGCACGAUAAUGUUUGGCACCAGCACCGAGGAAUACCAUGUGUUGUUGGACUCGGGAGCCUCGAAUACUUGGAUCAUGGGGUCGACUUGUACAACUCCGGCCUGUGACGCGCACGACACAUUCGGCACUGGCGACUCGACCACGCUGCAGACUACAGCCACCACCUUUCGCAUUGUCUACGGCACAGGCCAGGUCAACGGCAUCGUGGCAUCAGACGACGCGCGCUUCGCCGGCUUCAACGUUCCAUUAACGUUUGGCAUUGCCACCAACGUAUCCGCAGAAUUCCUCUCAUACCCAAUGGAUGGCAUUAUGGGUCUCGGUCGCGCGGACUUGAGCACAAGCACCAUUGGCCCGACCAUCAUAGAUGUUCUGGCGCAGCGUGGGCUGAUUCCAAGACGGCUGUACGGUAUCAGUCUCGCUCGGGGCUCGGACGGUCCGAACGAUGGUGAAUUGAAUCUUGGCGCCCCUAACCCCCUCCUCUUUACGGGCGAACUCGCGUGGGUACCCGCGGUCAGGAACACGAAUGGGUUCUGGGAGAUACGAGUAGACAACGCUGGCGUCAAUGGGGGAGACGGUGGGAGCGCAGAUCUCAGGGGCAGAACGGCGAUUCUCGACACAGGAACCUCGUUUAUCCUGAUGCCGCCUGCCGAUGCUCAAAAGCUGCACGCUCAGCUUACCGGCUCAGCGCAGAACGGCGAAACCUUUACCGUGCCAUGCGAUACCACGCAGACGGUUCAGUUCACGCUUGGUGGCGUGAAGUACGGUAUCUCCAACAAGGACUUUGUUGGUGCCAGCCUUGGGGGCAAUACCUGCGUUUCCAAUAUCGUAGGCCGCCAGACAUUCGGAGCCACCCAAUGGCUUGUGGGAGCCACGUUCUUCAAGAACCUCUACACAGUGUUCGACUUCGAGGGCCAGCGUGUCGGGUUCGGCGUCAAACAACUACCGCCGAGACCGGCCUCGACUGUGGGCAGCCAGCCCUCAUCGACUGCGCCUGCAGGCGCCACUGCUCCGCCAACGGCACCACCUUCCACUUCAGCCCAACCCAUCUCAUCAGAGUCCCCUUCCAAUCUCUCAACCUCACUCUCCGCCUCAGCACCCUCACACUCCGACACAGAGAUACCCGUCGCCCCAACGGCCGUACCUGAGGUCCCCUCCUCCUUCACCACCUCCACCACCACCGCCCCCGACUCCACCGCAGAGCCCGUCGCACAAGCCACUGACUCCCCCACUGACGCGCCCGCUUCCUCCACAGACUCGGAAUCAGCCACCCCGGCCGAGACUUCCACGAGCAGCACAGGCACAGACGCCGCACCGCCUCAGGGAGACGUCGAACCGCAGGCCGCGCCCACGGCUACGGACGUCUCGGAUGCUCCGGACGCCGUGUCCACGGCUGCGGCGCCGGCGGCUGGCUCGAGCGGGCCGGUGGCGUUUGAUAGCGCGGCGGAGGGGAGGGGGAGGAGGAUGCAGGGGGGUCAGGCGCUGGCGCUUGCGAUGGUUGUUGGGUGGGUUGUUGUUGGGUAG